AUGAGUUGGAGAACCCGUACAGUUCUUCUACAGGAACUCACUAAUCUGCUACAUGGGAGUAGUCGGGGAAUGCGAAAGUAUCCAUUCCCAGUGACAUUUGAGAACGUAAAAUUUCCACCGAAUGGCCAGCUAAAGCUUCCCAAAAUGCCGCCUGAACCAGAAUAUGAUCCAGACAAGGGAGAAAAGAAGUACAAAACAACUAAAAGAAUGAUCGAAGCGCGUGGUGUAGAGGAAGUUCACACAGAGCUUAUUCAUGAACAGUACGGUCUGGCAGCAGUUUCUGGUGGUUUCAUCUCCGCAGAUGACUUCAAGUUCAUUCAAGAGCGUGUCAACAAAAACCUCCGCGAUAAACAGUUUGCCAUAUGGCGUGUUGAUCCACCGUGGUUACCGAGAACGAAGAAAGCCCAAGGUACCCGUCUUGGUGGCGGCAAAGGAAGUAUUCACCAUUACGUGACACCUGUGAAAGCGAAACGGAUCAUUCUUGAAGUGGGAGGCCAUAUUACGGAGAUUGAGGCACAAGCAUUCCUGCUCUAUCUUUGUGAGCGAUUCUUGUUCCCAGUAGAGUUCGUUAGCGAGAAGAUACUCGCACAAAGGAGGGAAGCAGAAAAGGAAAUCGCUGAGCACAAUCAAAAUCCUUUCAAUUGGGAUCGUGUGAUAAAGUAUAAUAUGCAAAAUUGUACUAGUUGGCUUUCACAUUACGAUAUUAUGCUGAUGGCUUACGGGGAUGACGACAUUCUGUCACUUCCGUUUCGACUAUUCGUCUUUAUUGUAGCAGGAUUACCAUUAUCCGCCCUGAUCAUAUGUGUGCUUUUUUCUGUAUUACUGCAUUUUGAAGCAGCAACAAGGACUCAUUGUGGAGUAGAGAAUUGGCUGCCUUCGAUUUCUGCAGCUGUCUCUACAUACGCACCUGAGAUGUACAUAUGGCGAAUGUUCAUUGCUGUGCAUGGUGGGCCUCGCUUGUUUGUCGCCUUUGCUUUUAGGAACUUCCUCUUAUUCUCUCCAUUGAGACCUCUUACCGGAGCCCGUGUCUUUCGCAUUUCAUGCCAUGUUGCGUGCGUGUUGAACGUGUUGGAGAAUAUGUUUCUACUAGGACUGACUGCGAUCUCUUCUGUAGAAAAUCAUGCCCUCCAUAAAUUUUGCUUUAUUGGAUUUGCCAUGUCAGCUACGUUGUAUAUGUUGCUAAGUACAUGGUUAUUUCACUACUCGGGACGUCGAAGGGCAACGAACUUGGGCGAACGCUCGUACGAAUAUAAAAUCCUCGCAUGUGCUGGCUCGAUCAUCUCCAUGGUCCUGGCUAUGUAUCUCUACUGGAGACACAACACGUAUUGUGAGCCAGGAGUCUAUACGAUGUUUGCGUUGGCAGAGUACUGCGUAGUACUAUCCAAUAUAGCUUUUCAUUCAACGCUCUACUACGAUUUCCAUGGAAAGAGUGUAAAUUUGUCGUCUACGAUCAGUGUCGGAACUGGAGGAUACAGCUUGCUGCCGACCAUGGUGUUCUUCACAUGUGAUCAGUGUGGAGAGUCUCUCAAGAAGAAUCAGGUCGAGAAACAUACGUAUAAAUGCCGCUCCCAAAGUUACAGUUGCAUCGAUUGUCAAGUUUGUUUCACACCGUAUACCUAUCAACAACAUGUCAAAUGUAUAACUGAAAACCAAAAGUAUGGAUCGAAGAACUAUGUGGAAAAGGAGGCCAAGGGCGAAGUGAAACAGAAUGCAUGGUGUGAGCAAGUGGAGCGUGCCAUUGAAUUCGUGAAAGACUCACGUUUGAGGUCGUUAUUGCAGAAUAUCCAAGGGUACAAUAACAUUCCACGAAAGGAGACCCCAACAACCGUAAAUUUCAAAUGGAAGUCGACAAUCAAACGAAAAUUGCGUGAAGCUGGUGGGGAAAUGAAGGUAAAGAAAUUGCGAAAAGCUGUUGUGAGCGCGUACAAGGAAGCCGUUGGUGAUGAAGAAGGAGCAGAUGAGUUGUUCGAAAGUAAACUUGCAAAAAGUGGUGUUACCAUAAAUGGAAAAUUAGUCUCACUUCAAUCCUGA